AUGUUUGUCAUAUGCCCCAUGUCGAAUUGCGCUUCGGCGCAGAAACGAGACCGCUUCCUCGAGUACCUCUCCAAGAUUGCCCCAGCGACGCUCGAGUCGGAGCCCGAAUGCCAGGCUUAUGCCUGGUUUCGCAGUGCAGAGGAUAAUGACCAAGUGCCGCAUCACUGGCUUCAGGGUUUCGAAAUAUACGAAACACCCGAGGCAAACACAGUUACGCACAGGUCAAGCACCCCUUACAAAACAUUCCGCGCUGCUGUGGGUGAGGAAGGCUUGCUAGAGCGCCCGAGUGACCUUCGAUACUGGAAGCCUACAGACAUUGGUUUUGUCAUCCGCCCGGGUAUAGAAGGGCAGAUGAAAGUGCCACCAGUUGGAGAAGGACGGUACCUUAUUGUGAAUGAGCUCGGGCCCAAUGUGGGUUCAAAAGGCCAGGUCAUGGCGCGGAUGCGCAAGCUGGCCACCCUUGCUGGCGACAGCAAGUCCGUAGUAUCUUUCUUGGUUUUAGACCGCGGGGAAGGUGAUGCGGACGAAAGCGUAUACGUGUUUAGCCUUUUCGAAGAUAAGGCAAAUGCCAAGGAGUGGGAGAAUGCUGGCUCGGGCAUUUGGUCAGAUUUGAUGCAAUUUGUCUCCAGAGGAGACGGACUACCUGGCGUGAGUGCGGUAUCGGGUUUAUAG